AUGAAAUUAUGCUUCGUGCCCGCCUGGAAUGUCACAUCUUGGUAUAGGGAGAGACGGGGACAAACUGAUGAUGAUGAUGAUGACGAUGAUGACGAUGAUGACGAUGAUGAUGAUGAUGAUGAUGAUGAUGAUGACGAUGGGGAUGAUGAUGAUGAUGACGAUGAUGAUGAUGAUGAUGAGGAUGAUGAUGAUGAUGGUGAUGAUCUGUCGAUGCAGCGAAUUCUAUCUGACCUAGAACUCCAAUAA